GAACAUCUGUUCGCCUGCUGCUGCUCAUGUAAUCGGGGCUCGUUUUGGAUAUUUUUUCCAUAAACUUUUUUUUAAUUAAAAACUUAACUAUGCUGCGACGCUUUGUGCAGGUGGGAGCCAGGCAAGUGACGCGCGCCCAGUCCACAGCAGCCGCCCAGGAGAAGUGGGAUCUUUACGCCGGCGUUCUCGUGGAACGACUGCCCGUCGUCUCCAAGUCACUCAGCCCCGUGGAGCGGCAGUUUCAGGACUUGCUGUGGCGUGUCGAGUACGAGAACAGCCUAAAAUCCGACCAUGAGCUCAAGAACGAACGGGAAUUGGUCCAGGCUGAGCUCAUCAAGCAGGGAAAAGUGCAGGUGGAUCUGGACGAAAGCAUGACCAAGCAGACGGCCCAAGAUCUGAAAGAUGCGUACGUCGAGGAGCUGAAGAAAUUCCAAUUUGGCUCCCGCUCGACGCCCGACGAUGCGGCCAACAAGACCAGCUCCACAGACCGCUGUCUGGAGGACACGCUCUAUUUGCUGGUGCAACAGAAGCUGGGCCCGCAGCAGCACAUGAUUCUGCCGCAGGGCAAGCGCCAAGACGGUGAGUCCUUGCGCCAGACGGCGGAGCGUGUGCUACGCGAACAGUGUGGCAGCGAGCUGCAGGUGCUCUUCUACGGCAACGCACCCGUGGGCUUUCACAAGUACAAGUACCCCAGCAAUCAGCGUGCCGAGAGCGUCGGGGCCAAGGUAUUCUUCUAUCGCGCCUCCCUCCGCACCGGCCAAGUGGGUGACAACAAGACGCCGAGCACCAAAUACGAGUGGCUGCCCAAGGGUGCCCUCGACGGGAAGCUAACGAAUGCCGCCUACGCGGAUAGCAUAAAGAAGUUUUUGUUAUAAUUGUAAAUGUUAAUCUGUUUUGUAAAGAAUAAAUGGGAACCCCCGAAGGUAA